AUGGGCGGCAAGAAGUCUAAGAAGGAGAAGAAACCGAAGAAGUCGUCGAAGCACAAGAAGAAGAAGUCCCGACGCCAUGAGUCCUCGUCCUCGUCCUCGUCCUCGUCCUCGAGCGGCGACUCGGGAUCCGAGGACAGCGAAGAUCUGAAGCGCGCGCGCGCGCAGAAGAUGGCGAAGAAGCUCGCGUCGCGCCUGAAACAAGGCGAGAUCGCCGGGUACACGGACGCGGAGAAUCCGUUCGGGGACGCGAAUCUCACGGAGCGGUUCGUGUGGCACAAGAGGAUCGAGAAGAGCAUCAUGAAGGGCGUGGACGUCAAGGAGCUCGGCGUCAAGGCGGAGCGAGAGCGGCACAAGGAGCGACUGAAAGAGAUCGAGAAGGUGAAGCUUCAGAGAGAGGCCAGGGACCGGGAGAAGAUGGAGAAGGAAGAGGAGCGCGAGAUCAUGCAGCGAGAGGAAGCGCUCAUCGAGGCCGUGGAGUUGGAGAAGAAAGAGGAGGAGUUCCACCUGCUGCAGGCGAAGAUGCGAUCGGAGAUUCGCGUCAAGGAUGGCAGAGCGAGGGCGAUCGAUCUCGUGUCGAGAAACCUCCACGCCGUCCCCGGGAGCGGCGAGUUCGACGCGAGCGCGCACCCGCUCGCGAUCUUCGACGGCCUGACGCUCCCGGAGAUGAAGGAACUGAAGGACGACAUCAAGACGUACUUGGAGCUGGACCACAAGGUGGACGAGCACCGAUUCUUUUGGAGCAAUCUGCUCGUCGUCGCCGACGACGAGCUCGCCGACGCGCAGCGACGCGAAGACGUCGAGCGCGCCGAGCGAAAGCGCGCGAGAGGGAUCGACGUGUCCCGCGACAUCGCAGAUCAAGGCUUGCACGCGUCCGUGGAGGGCGACGUGAAGGACAUGCUCGACGGAAAGGACACGAGGGAGCUCGAGGAGCUCGAGGGCGAGAUCGAAGCGUCGUUGCGCGCGCCGGACGCGACGGAGAUCGAGUACUGGCAAGCCGUGUUGAAGCGCAUCGUCGUGCAUAAAGCCCGGGUCACGGUCGGGAACAUCGACGCCGCGCAGCGAGCCGCGCAGGCGGCGGCGGCGCCGAGGGAGGUGCCGCCGCCGCCGAGGGGCGGCGCGGGCGCGGACGCGGGUGACGCGGGGGCGGGGGCGGAGUCGGACGACGAGGAUCUCCUCGGCGCGGAUUUCGGUCGCGUCGCCGCCGCGGGCGGCGCCGGCCCCGGGGACGCGUCCGAGGACGACGGCGACGGCGACGGCGACGGCGACGGCGGGUUCUCCCCGCGCGCGAUGUCCCCGGAGCCGAUGUCCCCGCGCGGAGAAACCCCGCCCGAGGGGACCCCGGACCGGAGCUUCUCCCCCGAGGCGAUCCGCGCGAGGGAGGACGAGCCGGAGUACUUGGAGGUGGUGGACGAGAAGGAAGACCACGCGAUGUUGCAACGUCUGCGCGCGGAAGAGAGGGCGAAGAAGCUCGGGCGGUUCGCGGACGUCGCCGGCGCGGGCGCGUACAAAGAGCGGAACAAAGAGCGCGACACGUUCAACGCGUACAAAGAAGGUCAAGCGGCCAGGGGCGGGGAGGGCGGCGUGAUUCAACUCCCCGCGGAGGACCCGGCGGAUCUCGACGCGGACGACCAGGAGAAGAUACAACGUGUAGAGGAAGAAGCCGCGAGGAAGUCCAGGGCGCUCGCGGAGAGGAUGAUGGGCGACGGCGGCGGCGCGGAAGUCGCGUUCGCGGGCGAGACGCCGUUGGAGUCGCAAGUGUACUGGUGGCACGAUAAGUACCGACCGCGGAAGCCGAAGUACUUCAACCGCGUGCACACCGGCUACGAGUGGAACAAGUACAACCAGACGCACUACGACCACGAUAACCCGCCGCCGAAGACGGUCCAGGGGUACAAGUUCAACCUCUUCUACCCGGACCUCAUCGACAAGACCAAAGCGCCGACGUACACGAUCAUGCCGGACGGGAGCAAGCACGGGGAGACGUGUAUUCUUCGGAUACACGCGGGGCCGCCGUACGAAGACAUCGCGUUUAAGAUCGUGAACAAGGAGUGGGAGUACAGUAACAAGAAAGGGUUCCGAUGCUCGUUCGAGCGCGGGAUCUUUCACCUGUACAUCAACUUCAAACGCGCGAGGUACAGGCGUUAGGUUUACAGCAGAGCACAGCACGGCGAGGGAGGGAGAGCGGGAGUCGCGCGACGAAUGGUUUUGUUUUACAACGCGAGUAUCCUAUCCUC